CGGAGGCUGAGCGCCCGCGCCCGGCGGGUGGGAGUCCCCGGGUCCCCAAACCUGUGGCCGGUGUUGUCCUCGGUGACUCCACCAGCAGGUGGGUUCCUUCCCUUCUCGGGCGCCAGACUCCGGCCGAAAGGGAGAGAAGAAUUCCAGGGCAGAGAUGGGAGCGGGGGCGGGCACGUGGCCAAGGCCUGCGGACGAUUUUCGCCGCUGAGAGCGGGAGAUGCUGGCCCAGGCGGCGGCUGCCUGCAUUCCGGCGACGUCACGGGGCGGCGGCGGUGGCAGCGGCCUCGCGGCCGGGGCCCGCGCGGCGGGAGCCAGGACGCGCCCCAGGGAAGGAUGCGCAGGCCCGGAGCCAAGGCAAGAGCGCGCGUUGGGAGAUGCUGCUCGAGAGACUUCGGAGUCUGAUCCCGAGGACUUCGCAGAUGAGACCAACCCGGAGCCCUUCUACGGCUCCUCCCCGCCCAGCACGCCCCGCCAGAUGAAGCGCAUGUCAGCCAAGCUCCAGAGGAACAGCCUGGGGAGGCCCGCCGGUCGAGCUGGCCUCAAAGAAAAAAUGAAUGCCCCGAACCAGCCUCCACAUAAAGACACUGGAAGGACUGUGGAGAAUGCGGAGGAAUACAGCUACAAGCAGGAGAAAAAGCUCCGAGCCGCGCUCAGGACCACCGAGCGCGAUCAUAAGAAAAACGUGCAGUGCUCCUUCAUGUUGGACUCAGUGGGUGGGUCUCUGCCCAAAAAAUCAAUUCCAGAUGUGGAUCUCAAUAAGCCUUACCUCAGUCUCGGCUGCAGCAACGCUAAGCUUCCGGUGUCCGUGCCCCUGCCCAUACCCAGGACCGCCCGCCAGACUUCUCGGACUGACUGUCCCGCAGAUCGCUUGAAGUUCUUUGAAACUUUGCGGCUUCUGCUAAAGCUUACCUCAGUCUCAAAGAAGAAGGACAGGGAGCAAAGAGGACAGGAAAAUACGUCUGCUUUCUGGUUUAACCGGUCUAAUGAACUGAUCUGGUUAGAACUACAAGCGUGGCAUGCAGGGCGGACCAUUAACGACCAGGACCUCUUUUUAUAUACAGCCCGACAAGCCAUCCCAGAUAUUAUCAAUGAAAUCCUCACUUUCAAAGUUAACUAUGGGAGCUUUGCCUUUGUUAGAAAUGGAGCUAGUUUUAAUGGUACUUCAGGAGAAGGACAGUGCAAAGCCCCACACGGAACAAAGAUGGUGGGUUACUCAACCUAUCAUGAGCAUCUGCAACGCCAGAGGGUGUCCUUUGAGCAGGUGAAAAGGAUAAUGGAGCUGCUGGAGUACAUAGAGGCACUUUAUCCAUCACUGCAGGCGCUUCAAAAGGACUAUGAAAAGUAUGCUGCAAAAGACUUCCAGGACAGGGUGCAGGCGCUCUGUUUGUGGUUAAACAUCACAAAAGACUUAAAUCAGAAACUAAGGAUUAUGGGCACUGUUUUGGGCAUCAAGAAUUUAUCAGACAUUGGCUGGCCAGUGUUUGAAAUCCCUUCCCCUCGAUCAUCCAAAGGCAACGAGCCUGAAGACGACGGUGAUGACACAGAAGGAGAAUUCAAAGAUCUGGAAAGCAGCACGGAAGAGAGCGAAGAGGAGCAGAUCUCUGCUCCAAGCGCACCAGAGAGCAGGCAGCCCGCUGACGACACUUUCAGCCUCCAGGCCCAGGACCGCGUAACCAAGAAGCUUGAGAGGCUUGAAUCUGAGGACGAUCCUGUUGGCUGGGGGACAGCGGACUGCAGCACAGAUGCGGGCUUUAGUAGACAUUGUCUGACCUCUAUUUAUAGACCAUUUGUAGACAAAGCACUGAAGCAGAUGGGGUUAAGAAAGUUAAUUUUGAGACUUCACAAGCUGAUGGAUGGCUCCUUGCAAAGGGCGCGUGUAGCCCUGGUAAAGGGUGACCGUCCAGUGGAGUUUUCUGAAUUUCCAGAUCCCAUGUGGGGUUCGGAUUAUGUGCAGUUGUCCAGGCCGCCCCCCUCCUCGGAGCAGAAAUGCAGCACUGUGUCCUGGGACGAGCUCAAGUCCAUGGAUUUGCCCUCCUUCGAACCUGCCUUCUUAGUCCUCUGCCGAGUCCUUCUGAACGUCAUACAUGAAUGUCUCAAGUUAAGAUUGGAACAGAGACCUGCUGGAGAACCAUCUCUCUUGAGUAUUAAGCAGCUGGUGCGAGAGUGCCGGGAGGUGCUGAAGGGCGGCCUGCUGAUGAAGCAGUACUACCAGUUCAUGCUGCACGAGGUGCUGGACGACCUGGGCAAGGCCGACUGCAACAUCGACGCCUUCGAGGAGGAUCUGCACAAGAUGCUGAUGGUAUAUUUUGAUUACAUGAGAAGCUGGAUCCAAAUGCUACAGCAAUUACCUCAAGCAUCCCAUAGUUUAAAAAAUCUGCUAGAAGAGGAAUGGAAUUUCACCAAAGAAAUAACCCACUACAUCCGGGGAGGAGAAGCACAGGCUGGCAAGCUUUUCUGCGACAUUGCAGGAAUGCUGCUGAAAUCUACAGGAAGUUUUCUAGAAUUUGGCUUACAGGAGAGCUGUGCAGAAUUUUGGACCAGUGCUGAUGAUAGCAGUGCUUCAGAUGAAAUAAGGAGGUCUGUUAUAGAGAUCAGCCGAGCACUGAAGGAGCUCUUUCAUGAGGCUAGAGAAAGAGCCUCCAAAGCACUUGGGUUUGCUAAGAUGUUGAGAAAGGACCUGGAAAUCGCUGCAGAGUUCAUACUUUCAGCCCCAGUUAGAGACCUUUUGGCUGUCCUGAAAUCAAAACAGUACGUUAAGGUACAGAUUCCUGGCUUAGAAAACCUGCAGGUGUUUGUUCCGGACACCCUGGCCGAGGAGAAGAGUAUAAUUUUGCAGUUACUCAAUGCAGCCGCAGGGAAGGACUGCUCCAAAGAGUCAGAUGACGUGCUAAUUGACGCCUAUCUACUUCUCACCAAGCAUAGUGACCGCGCUCAGGAUUCAGACGACAGCUGGACCACGUGGGAGGCACAGCCUGUCAAAAUUGUGCCUCAGGUGGAGACUGUGGAUACCUUGCGAAGCAUGCAGGUGGAUAAUCUUUUACUCGUCGUCAUGCAGUCUGCCCAUCUCAUCAUCCAGAGAAAAGCUUUCCAGCAGUCCAUUGAAGGACUCAUGACUCUACGCCAGGAGCAGACGUCCAGCCAGCCCAUCAUCGCCAAAGCUUUGCAGCAGCUGAAGAAUGAUGCAUUAGAGCUUUGCAACAGAAUAAGUGAUGCCAUUGACCGAGUGGACCACAUGUUCACUUCAGACUUUGAUGCCGAAGUGGACGAAUCGGAAUCUGCUACGUUGCAGCAGUACUACCGAGAAGCCAUGACUCAGGGGUACAACUUUGGGUUCGAGUAUCAUAAAGAAGUUGUUCGUUUGAUGUCCGGCGAAUUUAGACAGAAGAUAGGAGACAAGUAUAUCAGCUUUGCCCGGAAAUGGAUGAAUUAUGUGCUGACUAAGUGUGAGAGCGGCAGAGGGACGAGGCCCAGGUGGGCCACUCAAGGCUUUGACUUCCUGCAAGCCAUUGAACCUGCGUUUAUAUCAGCUUUACCAGAAGAUGACUUUUUGAGUUUACAAGCCCUGAUGAAUGAAUGCAUUGGCCACGUAAUAGGAAAGCCGCACAGCCCUAUUACAGGUCUGUACCUUGCCAUUCAUCGGAACAGCCCCCGUCCUGUGAAGGUACCGCGAUGCCACAGCGACCCUCCUAACCCACAUCUCAUUAUCCCCACUCCAGAGGGAUUCAGCACCCGGAGUGUGCCUGCGGACGCGCGGAGCCUCGGCAGCCCCGCCACUGCUGCUACCGUCGCUGCCGCCGCCACUGCCGGCCGCCCUGGGCCCUCAGGCAGCGACUCUGUGCCGCCCAAACCCAGCAGCAGUGCCCAUGAUACCAGGGGUUCCAGCGUCCCCGAGAAUGACCGCCUGGCUUCCGUAGCAGCCGAGUUGCAGUUCAGGUCCCUGAGCCGGCACUCCAGCCCCACCGAGGAGCGAGACGAACCAGCAUAUCCAAAAGGUGAUUCAAGUGGGUCAACUCGAAGAAGCUGGGAACUUCGGACGCUGAUCAGCCAGACCAAGGACACCGCGUCCAGGCAAGGCCCCAUAGAAGCUAUCCAGAGGUCCGUCCGACUGUUUGAAGAAAAGAGACACCGAGAAAUGCGCAGAAAGAACAUCAUCGGUCAAGUGUGUGACACUCCGAAAUCUUACGACAACGUGAUGCACGUCGGCUUGAGGAAGGUGACCUUUAAGUGGCAACGAGGAAACAAAAUCGGGGAAGGCCAGUACGGGAAGGUCUACACCUGUAUCAGCGUGGACACCGGCGAGCUGAUGGCCAUGAAGGAGAUUCGAUUUCAGCCUAAUGACCAUAAGACCAUCAAGGAAACUGCAGACGAACUGAAAAUCUUUGAAGGCAUCAAACACCCCAAUCUGGUUCGGUAUUUUGGUGUGGAGCUGCACAGAGAGGAGAUGUACAUCUUCAUGGAGUACUGCGACGAGGGGACCCUGGAGGAGGUGUCCCGGCUGGGGCUUCAGGAGCACGUCAUCAGGCUGUACUCCAAGCAGAUCACCGUAGCCAUCAACGUCCUGCACGAGCACGGCAUCGUCCACCGCGACAUCAAAGGCGCCAACAUCUUCCUUACGUCGUCUGGGCUCAUCAAACUGGGAGAUUUUGGAUGCUCGGUAAAGCUUAAAAACAACGCGCAGACCAUGCCUGGGGAAGUGAAUAGCACACUGGGGACGGCAGCUUACAUGGCUCCGGAAGUCAUCACUCGCGCGAAAGGAGAGGGCCAUGGGCGAGCGGCCGACAUCUGGAGUCUGGGCUGUGUUGUCAUUGAGAUGGUGACCGGCAAGAGACCUUGGCAUGAAUAUGAACACAACUUCCAGAUAAUGUACAAGGUGGGGAUGGGGCAUAAGCCACCGAUCCCUGAAAGACUGAGCCCGGAAGGAAAGGACUUCCUUGCUCACUGCCUAGAAAGUGAGCCCAGGAUGAGGUGGACGGCCAGCCAGCUCCUGGACCAUUCCUUCAUCAAGGUUUGCACAGAUGAAGAAUGAAGCCCGUCCCCUGUGGCCUGGUGGUGUGUGUACUCGGAAACCCCUUCAUCACUACUGUAUGUAAUAUUUACAUGAAGACUCUGCUGAGAAGCAGUAGAAGCCUUUUUAACCUUCCAAGACUGAAGACUGCACAGGUGACAAGCGUCACUUCUCCUGCUGCUCCUGUUUGUUUGAUGUGGCACGGGGCCUCCCGAGUGACGGUGUCCGCGAGGUAAAGAAGCUGCAUGUUAAGUGCCAUUACUACUGUACCCGGACCAUCGCCUCGGUCACCUUGGCUCUCAGGUGACUGGGCACUGUGACAUCGGUGUCGUAUUUUCGUAGUGUUACCAGGCGUCCUGGGCCUUGUUGUUAAUCUCCCGUUUGUCGAGUGCACUGACCUUGAAACCUUGCCUUUUGUUGUCCUGGGCAAGCCGCAGGUUUGUUAUGCAAAAGGAUGAUCAAUGAAACUUAAGAAAAAGGUUCUUUUUUCAAUAAAUGGUUUAUUUUAGGAAAGCUC